CCUGUGGGAGCGCUCAUGCCCCUGUGCUGGCAGACACUGCUCCUGGUUCUCAGUGAACAGAGUAUCUGUCAGGCAAGAGCUGCUGUGAUGGUUUAUGAUGAUGCCAACAAGAAGUGGGUGCCAGCUGGUGGCUCAACUGGGUUCAGCCGAGUUCAUAUAUAUCAUCAUACAGGCAACAACACGUUCCGAGUGGUGGGCAGGAAGAUUCAGGACCAUCAGGUGGUGAUAAAUUGUGCCAUCCCUAAGGGGUUGAAGUACAAUCAGGCUACGCAGACCUUCCACCAGUGGCGAGAUGCUCGACAGGUGUAUGGCCUCAACUUUGGCAGCAAGGAGGAUGCCAAUGUCUUUGCAAGUGCCAUGAUGCAUGCCUUAGAGGUGUUGAAUUCCCAGGAAGCAGGGCCGACAUUGCCUAGACAAAAUUCUCAGCUACCUGCCCAAGUUCAAAAUGGUCCAUCACAAGAAGAAUUGGAAAUUCAAAGAAGGCAGCUGCAAGAGCAGCAGCGACAGAAGGAGCUGGAGCGCGAGCGCGUGGAGCGUGAGCGCGUGGAGCGGGUGGAGCGCGAGCGCCUGGAGCAGGAGCAGCUGGAGCGUGAGCGGGAGCAGCGGGAGCGGGAGCAGCGGGAGCAGCGGGAGCAGCGGGAGCAGCGGGAGCGCGAGCGUCAGGAUCGUCUGGAGCGCGAGCGGCUGGAGCGGCUCGACCGAGAGCGGGAGCAGCGGGAGCGGCAGGAGCAGCGGGAGCGCGAGCGGGAGCAGCGAGAGCGGCAGGAGCAGCUGGAGCGCGAGCAGCUGGAGUGGGAGCGCGAGCGCAGGCUGUCAGCCGCCGCUGCCCCUGCCUCUGCGGAGACUCCUCUAAACUCUGUGCUGGGGGACUCCUCUGCUUCUGAGCCAGGCUUGCAGGCAGCCUCUCAGCCGGCCGAGACUCCAGCCCAACAGGGUAAGGCUUCCAUUGUUGCUACUAACAGCGCGCCCUGGACAUGCGGUGUAUCGGCAGCUAGUCCACAGUCCGAGGAAGAGAGGCAGUCCAUUGCUCUGUGUUCCUCUAAGAGCUUCUUAUUUANCCCUCCCCCUCCACCUCCUGCUCCCCCCCUCCCUGCAUCUGGAUUUUUUGCGGGAUCCGCAUCUGAAGACAAUCGCCCUUUGACUGGACUUGCGGCUGCCAUUGCCGGAGCGAAACUGAGGAAAGUGUCCCGGAUGGAGGAUGCAUCUUUCCCAAGUGGAGGGACCACCGUCGUUGUGAACCCAGCCUCCUCGAAGUCAGACACGGGUCGUGGGAAUGGACCCCUUCCUUUAGGAGGCAGUGGAUUAAUGGAAGAAAUGAGUGCCCUGCUGGCCAGGAGGAGAAGAAUUGCUGAAAAGGGAUCAACAAUAGAAACAGAACAAAAAGAGGACAAAAAUGAAGAUUCGGAGCCCGUAACUUCCAAGGCCUCGUCGACAAGUACACCUGAACCAACAAGAAAACCUUGGGAAAGAACAAAUACAAUGAAUGGCAGCAAGUCCCCUGUUAUCUCCAGACGGGAUUCUCCAAGGAAAAAUCAGAUUGUUUUUGACAACAGGUCCUAUGAUUCAUUACACAGACCAAAAUCUGCACCUUCAUCACAGCCCAGUGCCAACGGCGUCCAGGCGGAGGGGCUAGACUACGACAGGCUGAAGCAGGACAUUUUAGAUGAAAUGAGAAAAGAAUUAACAAAGCUAAAAGAAGAGCUCAUUGAUGCGAUCAGGCAAGAACUGAGCAAGUCCAGUUCUGCGUAGAGAGACGAACCAAGGAGGAAUAGGACUUAAGUCUGGAGAAAGGAGAGAGACCUCUGCAAACAACAGCUGUUAACAACAACAAACCCCUACAUUUGUGAGCUGUGAGAAGACAGUGGAGACCAACAGUCGGAAGGAGGAAACCAACAUCCAAGCGAGCCUUCAGACGCUGUUACUCUGGCGAUAAGCUAUUUCCCUCCCAGUUUUUGCUGCUUUUUUCUGACCUUUUCAACAGGAUGGAAGAGUCUGAUACAAGUUCCUGUUUCGUAGUUAUGCAGAAAAUACUAAACCCAUCAGGCAAGAUCGCCGCGCAUUGAAAUAUUUUCAUGUCAAGACAAAAAUCGCACGUUUUUCACAGUCCAUUGCUAAAAUAAAGAGGAGAAAGGCUUAAGAAGUUUGUUUUCAGAGGGUGCUGACGAAGAAUUGAGCAAGUUAUGCUAUUGUAUUGUAAAUGUUUCUCUCAGGUUUGUCUUCCUAUCACAUUUGAUAUUCCGUGAGGAUUGGAGAUCAGCCCUGUGUAGGUUAAGAUCCUAAGAGUGUAACAAAUGGAAUUGUAUGUGCUUUCCAAGGGUGAUAUUUAUAAGAAAGUGUCCUAAAAAUGAUUUGUCUGGCUUGAGGAAUUUUAGAAUGAUAGGAAGUCUCUCGAGUUAGCCUUCAUGCAAUUUUGUAGAUUAAAACAUAAAAUUCGUCCAGAAUUUAAAGAUUUAGAUGCCUUCCUAAAUUGUUAAAAUGCUUUACCAAAUCUAUGACUCCUACAUAACACACACCAGUGGUCAAAUGUAAAACAAUAUAUUGUAGACUUACCGUAGGUUUUCAACCUUUUUUAGAUUUAUGCAUGUGGACAUUUUUAUAAUGUAAUUACAACCACCACAAAAUUAGCUUUUUUAAUUGCAGACAGUAAUGCAUGUCCCACUAAUAACGUAGGGGCCUUUUCAAGGCCUGGUCCCAGGGAAAACCUUUUGUAGAGUAUAGGGGGGUGGGAGGAAGGAAGGAAUAAUUUUUCUUUUAAAGUUAAUUUCUGCACUGUCUUUUUUUUCUCAAUUACCUGCAUGAAUAAUAAUGAGGAAUAUUUUGUGACUUUAAUUGGUAAAUAUGUUAGCAGAACCAAGUACUCAAUCUUUUUACAUCAUGUCUUCAGCUGUUCGUAUUUUAACUUGAAUAAUUUCAGUGGUCUGAAACAUGAUUCUGAGCUUCACAUGGAUUACACUGUACUGUGGAACUCGAAAAUUCGAUCCCUGCAUUUGGCAGUUAUUUACUACCUAGGUGCCCUGCAGUGUGACAGGUGUUCAGGUACAUGUUCCUGACCAGGAAGCUGCUUUUGAAUUUUGUUACGUGGAAACACACGAAGUAGCGAUGUCAGCAGCAACUGAUGUCACAGACACCACGUGGCAGAGGGGACCAGCGAGGGGCUCUGCGUGGUUCUCUUGUCGUGACAGAGCGAGACUCAGGUGGUGGGAAGAAGGACCUAGGUCCUCUGCUUACCCCCACACGGGUGUGUGUGUGCUGUGCACACACAUGUGUGCGCAUGUAAUCCAUGCCCUUCCCCUGGAAACUCUCGAAGAUUGAAAUGGGGAGAAAUUCUAUAUGUUGCAAUGAUAGGUUUUUUGUUUUUUGUUUUUUUUUUUUUAAUUUAGGAAA